AUGUGUUCAGAAUGUCAAUUUGAGCAUUAAAAGUAGACUUCUGGAGAUUAAAUCGUACCCAUAAAUAUUCUAAUAAAAAUGAUGGAAGAAAAAAUAUAACAGUAUCAUUUAAAUGAUCACAAUUAUAUCAUGAAUAAAGAGAAAAAUUUUUUCACUAAAAUAGAAGAAAUCAAAUAAGGAUUGGACUUAAUUUUAAGAAAUUCUUCAAUUCUUAUUGAAGAAAUAAAAAAAGAAGAUAAUUGGUAUCUUGAUUUAUUAUAAUAAAACCCUUUGGAAUGCACUCAAGAAAAUAUUAAUAAUAUUGCUUAUAUUUUUUAUAAUAGUAAAGAAUUAUAAAGACGACAAAAUUAAAAGGACUUAAUAGUUAAAAUAUAUGAAUCAAAAUUAAAUUUAGUUUGCAAAUAUUUCAAAAGACUAAUGGUUAUUCUAGGAGAUUAAAUCUAUCAAAAUAAAAAACAAGCUUUUGAGUAAUUUUUAUGAAAAAUAAUUUAGCAAUAAAAUACUUUAAGGACCGCUUUUAUUAGGCUUGAAACAUGGGGAGUAUUUCUAAGUAAAUGAACGUAGUUUAAAUUAAGUAACAAAUUAAAUUAUAAUUUAAGAUAGGUGCUAUGAAAUUUGAUGAAAAAGCUGGUCUGUGGAAAGAUGAAGGAAAAUAAUUGUUCAGAAGUAUUUAGAAUCUGAAAUGGCUAUUUUAAACAACAUAGUUUUAGUAUGAAAUAAAAUCAUAAGGAUAAAUUAUAUACCUAAAGGAUGGAACUAUUCUUGGAGAGUAUUUUUUUAUUAUAUUUCUAAUUUAGAGAAAAUAGAGACAAAAUGGUACCUUCACUUAAUAAUGUUUUUAUUAAUAGAAAUUUGGAACAAGUAAAACACCUUUCUUGGAUAGGAUAAUAUAAAUAAAAUUAUUAGAAGUAAGGAAAGUGGAUUCCUAUAUGGAGAGGUGAAAAUCUAGAAGCAGGAGGAACCUAUAAUGUUGAAGGAAUAAAGGAAGGAUAAUGGAAAGAAUUAUCUUCAAAUUAUUGCGAGUUUUAUUGUUCAAGUAUUUAGUUUUUGCAAAGUUUUCUAUGUUGGUGAAUAUAUAAAAGGAAAGAAAGUUGGAAAAUGGAAUAUUAAUUUUGAAGAAUAAAUUAUGUAUGUAAGAUUUAUAAAAAUAGAGAAGGAGGAUUUUAUAAUUAAAUUGAAAUGAAAUAAGGAAAAUGGACAGAGUUAGGUGAUAGUUUUUGGAAGUAAAUUAAAAAAAAAAUGAAUUUAGUCAGAGCCAAAUUUUCUUUAUUGGAGAGUAUAAAAAAGGAUUGAAAGUUGGAAAUUGGAAUAUAAAUUAUAGAUAUCAUAAACUAUAUGAUUAGAAAAGAAUGUACAUGAUCAUAUUCAACCUUAAAUAGUGGAGGAGGAUAUUUCAGUUAAAAUGGUGAAAAAACAGGGGAAUGGAUUGAGUUACAUCCUAAUUUUUUUGUAUCAAAAAUUAGUUCUUGUUAAGUAACUUUUCAUGGAACCUAUUAAAAUGGGAUUAAAAUAGGAGAGUGGUUGGCUAUAUUUUAAGAAUUCUCAAAUUCUGAAGAAAGAAUAAUGUAUCCUUUUAAUAAACCUAUUUAGUGGAAGAGGAUUUUACAAUAAAAAUGGAUUAAAAAUUGGAAAAUGGAUUGAUGUAGUUGACAAAUUUUGGAUGUAUAUAAAGUUAUUUAUAAAGCUUUUGCUAAGUAACUGAAGUUGGAGAAUAUAAUGAAGGAAGAAGAAUCAAGAAUUGGGAAAUAUAGACAUCAAAAUUCAAAAAUGAAAACAAUUCAAAAAUGUAAUAAUCUUUAAAAAUAAUUAUAGUGGAGGAGGUUCUUAUCAAGAGGAUGCAGGUCUUAAAAUAGGAUAAUGGAGCGAAUUACACGAAAAUUUCUUUGAGUAUAAAAAUAGUUAAUUAGAGAAAUUGUGAUGUAAUAUAUUCUGGAGAGUACAAAAACGGAAUAAGGGUUGGAAAAUGGAUAAUCAAAUAGAAACAGAAAAAUUUAGAAAAAUACAAAAAAAUGUAUAAAAGUAUUCAUAUGAUCAGAGGAGGAGGCACUUACAAUUAGGAUGGAUAAAAAGUUGGAAAAUGGAUUGAUUUGUUUGAAAAUUUUUCUGAGUACUCUAUUAAAUAAUCUAGUGAAUACUAAGUCUUUUUUAUAGGGGAAUAUUAAAUGGGAAGAAAAAUAGGUAGAUGGAACAUAUCAGUUGUAUAAUUGAAUAAUACUCAUUUAGAAAAUUAGUAUUUCAUAUCAUAAUUUUUAAAGUGGAGGAGGAUUUUACAAUGAGAGAGGUUUAAAAGUUGGAACUUGGGUGGAAUUGCAUGAAACGAAUUGUGCCAACCGUUAUUCUGAAAACUCUUUCAAUAUCAUUUAUGCGGGAGUAUAUCAAGAAGGUAAAAAAAUUGGAAGAUGGGAUACAAAAUAUAGAGAAGAAGAAUAGGAUUGUUUUUAAUUAAUGUAAGGAAAAUCAUAAACGAUAGAGGAGGCGGUUGUUAUAAUUAAAAUGGAAUAAAAAUAGGGAAGUGGAUUGAGCUAAAUUUUGAUUUUAAAGAUAAAUAAGGCAGAAAUUGGGUUUUAGAGGGUGAAUAUGAAUUAGGAGUAAGAAAAGGACCAUUUGCAAAGAGAAAUUGCUUAAUCAAAAAUGAUUGAUUGUUAAGAAAUUUACUUAUUUCUAAAUUUAUAAUUGAUCUAACCUUCUGUUGGAAAUAUAUCUCACUUAUGA